AAAAAUAAUACUAAAUUCUAGAGAUCUAAGAUCUAGACUAGAUCUGGAUUUUAUAGUUAUAGAUCUAGAGGUCUAGAUUUAGAUUAUAGAUCUAGAUAUAAUCUAGAUUUUAUCGUCUAUACUCUAGAUAAAACUCUACAUUAUUAUUUAGGCUUUAGUCACCCAUCAGUCACUUGUCUGACUUGUUGCAGGAAAUGUCUAACCAGAAGCCUAAUGGACAUCAUGGUGGCCAGUUUCUUAGCCCAGAAACAUCAGAAGCUGAGGAAGAUUCUGAGGAGAUCUUUAAUGAGUUGAUCAUAGAAGACCCUGAUGCUAUAGACAUAGAUCUAAAUCAUUGUCGUAUAGGAAAAAUAAAAAACUUGGAAACAACAACCCAAGUGGAGACUCUGUGUUUGCGUCAGAACUUGAUAACAAAAAUAGAAGGACUUAGUACUUUAAUUCAUUUGAGAGAGUUAGAUUUAUAUGACAAUCAAAUCACAGAGAUUGUCAAUCUUGAAUGUCUUGUUAACUUGGAGCACUUGGAUCUCUCUUACAAUCGAAUCAAAAAGAUUGAUGGGUUAGGACCUUUGAUUAAUUUGAGAAAGCUCUUUCUUGUCAAUAAUAAGAUUGGCAAAAUAGAAAACUUAAAUCAUCUAGUUAACCUGGAAAUGUUAGAACUUGGAGACAACAGAAUUAGGGUUAUUGAAGGUAUAAGCAAUUUAGUGAACCUGCGUAGCCUGUAUUUAGGAAAAAACAAAAUUACUAAAUUGCAGGGGUUAAAUACUUUAACUCGGCUUUCGUGUUUAAGUGUCCAAAGUAACAGAUUGCUCAAAAUAGAAGGUUUGGAGAAUCUUACAGAAUUAGAUGAACUGUAUUUAAGUCAUAAUGGUAUAGAAAAAAUAGAGGGACUUGACUCUUGUACAAAGUUAGGUACCUUAGAUCUGGCAGGCAAUAGGAUUAAAAAAAUUGAAAAUGUUAGCCAUUUGGAAGAAUUGGCUGAAUUCUGGUUCAAUGACAAUGCUGUAGAAUCUUGGGAUGAAGUUCAGGCACUAACGAAACUAAAAAAGCUAGAGACUGUUUACCUGGAACGUAAUCCCAUAUAUUUUGACUCAGAUAAGCAGAUGGAUCCAAGCUACAGAAGGAAAAUAAUGUUAACUUUGCCAUGGGUUCGUCAGAUUGAUGCUACAUUGGCAAGGUGAUGCUUCAUAAAAAUCAAAUUGCCAAAAAUCUUUGUACAAAUCUCAAGAUAUUUCUUAAAUAAAUGUUAAAUUUAUUACUAAAAUAUUUUUAUAUCAAAAACUUAAGAAAAACUUUUUACGUUUAAGUUGUUAUUGUAUAUUAAAAUGUAAUUAUAUUAAAAACAAUGUUCUUGAACUUGUCCCAGUAAAUGUUUCACUUAUGUUUAUUGUAUUUCCUUUUGUUUUACUUUUGCAUUUUGUUACAUGUUUAAUUUAUGACUUAACAAUUCUUCUUCCCCACUCAUGAAUUUUCAGUUGAAAGUUUUACCAAAACAAAUCUUUUAAAUAAUAAAAAACACAAAAUAAUUUUUUUAAAUUAUUAUUUUCUUUUAAAGUUGUUAAAAUAAAAUUAAAAAAAAAAAUCAAAUUUGUAUAACGCACUGUAUUUUAAUUGGCAUCACAUUAAAGCAACAACAAACAUGUUGUUUCUUACUUUUCUUGACUGGUAGUUUUAUACAGAAGAUGCCCCUGUAAACCUAACUUUAUACAUUGCCAUGGUGGUUUCUGUACAACACAUGUUUGCUGGGAUGUUCUGGCUUGACCUCCUUUAACUGCCUCUGUUCAUUAUGUCUAGCUAGCUUAACAAAAUGAAAUUUUGAAAAUGUCAUCCUGAAUCUUUUUAAGUUCAACCCAAUGUUGUUGUUCCAAGAACUAAUCCUUAAGAAUUACACAUGGGCAAAAACACAAUUGUUAAUUAUGAAGUUAAAAAUAAUAUUAAGACAUUUUACUUCACUUAGAUAAAUAUACUUCUUUCUAUGUAGUCUGAUUUGUACAAUUUAUAAUGGUGGAACACAUUCUAUUGUAUAAAAAGCACAUUAUUAAAUUUCCCACAACCUUUGAUUGUAGUCAGUCCAAGUAGUGUUUUAUUUAUGGCUAAUAUUAUAAUUUAUAGAGCUUUUAUUAUUAUAUACUUUAGCCUUGACCAUUUUUACCAUAUAGUUUAGUGGAUUCUAUUUUUGUUAUGACAAACACAUAGAACAAAAAGCUAAUAUAAUUAUGAAUAAGAUAAUGCAUUUCUUUCAUGUCUUCAAAUGUUAAGUAUUAAUAACUGAAUGUAAUUUAUUUUAGCCAAAUUGAAACAAGUUAUGUUCAAUCUUUGACACAAUAAAAAAUAUGAAUGACA